UUCAUUUCAAAAUGCUUAGUGCUAGAAGGAGGGUUUUAAAUUUAAUGUUUACUAGAAUACGAUGUAGAUAUUCUGAUGAUGGUGUGAAAGAAAUUCGAAAAAGCUUUGGUGAAAUAAGUGGUCCUAAGAGUUAUCCUCUUAUUGGCACGUUAUACAAGUAUUGGCCUUUUAUAGGAGAUUACGAUGCAGAGGCGUUGGACGAAAUCGCAAGGACAAACUGGAAAAAGUAUGGAGGACUCGUCCGUGAAGAACCAGGGACGAAUUUACUGCACAUUUACGAACCGGAGCUCAUAGAGAAGGUGUUUCGCCAAAAGGAACGGUUCCCGGAGAGGAGGAGUCACGUCGCCAUGCUACACUAUCGAAACAGUAAACCGCAUGUAUACAACAGUGGUGGUCUAUUGUCAAUAAACGGUCCGGAUUGGUGGCGCCUGCGCAGCACAUUUCAAAAGAUAUUUUCCACACCGCAGAGUGUAAAGCAGCAUAUUGAUAUCACUGACAAAAUUGUUAGAGAGUUUGUAAAUUGGACAAAAAAUAGUUAUUUGUCCAGUGAAAGUGACUUCCUAAAGUACUUAAAUCGUCUUUACUUAGAAGUCAUAGGAGCGAUCGCUCUCGGUGAGCGCUUCCAGAGUUUUACGCUGCCAGAACAAAGCCCAUACUCUCGUAGCAGUAAAGUCAUAGAAGCUGCCUUCGGGUCAAACUGCGGCAUCUUCAAGUUGGACAAGGGUAUCCUGUGGAGAUUCUUCAAUACACCUCUAUACAAAAAGCUUGCGAAUUCUCAGAAAUACCUUGAAGAUGUAGCAAUGGAAUCUAUCAUGAGGAAGGCUAACUUUUUCGAAGACCAAUCAGGUGCCUACGAUACGUCGCUUUUGAAAUCUUUCUUGGAUCUUCCAAAUAUAGACCUGAAAGAUAUAACUGGGAUGAUUGUUGAUAUUAUAAUGGCAGCAAUAGAUACGACGUCAUAUGCCACCAGUUUUGUACUCUACCAUUUAGCUAAAAAUCCAGAGUCUCAAGACAAACUGUUUAACGAUAUACUUACGCUUCUGCCAAACAAAGAUAUGGACAUAACUCCUGAAACUCUAUCAAAAGCAGUUUACCUGAAAAGCUGUGUAAAGGAGAGCUUAAGACUCAAUCCGGUAGCAAUAGGCGUUGGAAGAGUAUUGCAAGACGAUUUGAUUCUGAAAGGCUAUUUAAUUCCUAAAGGGACUGUGAUCGUAACACAAAACAUGGUAGCCUCCAGACUUCCCCAAUACGUGAAGGACCCUCUACGUUAUAAGCCGGAGAGGUGGAUACGCGAGUCCGAUGAUUAUGAGAAUAUUCACCCAUUUCUAAGCCUACCUUUUGGUUUUGGUCCAAGAGCAUGUAUUGCGAGGCGACUGGCCGAGCAGAAUAUGUGUAUUGCAUUGUCACGGAUAAUUCGUGAGUUUCGUAUAAAAUGGAUGGGUUCAGAGUUGGGUGUGAAAACUCAUCUUAUAAACAAACCAAACCAGCCAGUGUUGUUAUCUUUCUCUCCACGAAAAAACUAACAAUUUCAUCGUAUUCUGCCUCAUCGGCGCUGCGGUCGCCGCCCCAGCCGACAUCCCACCCCAGCCCGCUCCCACCAGGGAUCUAGCUGCCCUUCGCGCCCUC